UCUCGCCAAAAUCGCGUGUCGGUAUUUAAGAUUGGUACGAUAAUGAUGUCACGAAACUAGACCUACCGCUUUUGUUUUAAAUAUAAAACAUAUUUCUUCUGUAUAAGGAUAUGUGUUAAAAAAUCAAUGUAGGUACUUUUGGCCAUACGGGAUGGUCUUCGUUUUAGGGUUGUCUUUUAUUUGCUUAUCGAUCUAUAACGGUUUAUUGAGAAUAGCAGGAAUGCGCUCAUGUUCGGAAACAUCCUUGCAUGUAACCAGUAUGUGUUUGCCAGAUAAUUAUCUUUCAAGCUUUAUUUAUCUGGAUGUUCACAACGCUAGUCUGUACUACCUCCAGUCCUGCACCUGCACGGUGCACGUGCGAUUUCCUGGAGAAAUAUAUUUUGUUCCUGAAAGAACACCCUCACCCAAUUGUGGAUCUGCAAUCCACGUGGUCAGUUACGAUGGAAACCAGAAUCAUGUCUUCCGAUGUGCCGGAUCGGCGUCGUUUUCUGUAAAAAAGGAUGAUAGAAUCAACAUAACUGUGCACAAUUUAGAUGGACCAGUUUACAACACUUCAUACUGCUAUAUUAUAUCACUGG